UUAUACUUACGUUGCAAUUUACACGAGCCACCUUUGAAGGACUCAAAUGCCAGAUGUGGAUUGUGACUACCAUGCUGGAAAACACAGGCCUUGGCUAUAUACAUAUAUACAUACCUACAUACAUACAUACAUACCUACCUACCUACCUACCUACAUAGAUAAGAUUUACACUUUAAAAUUUUACCACCAAAAAACCAUGAGUCAAACUUUAAAAAUGACUUUCAAGACUUAAACAGAUGCUUGGGUGCCCAUCUUUCAAUGGGUGGGAGUCCAGUCCCCAGGAAGGCACAUUCUCCAGUGCUCACUUCAGAUGUAGUCAAGGAAGAUAUUGAAGAGAGACUCCAAGUACAUUCUUUGUCCCUGAGUAGGGCUCCCUGACAAUACUUACACAGGAGGAUUUCAGAAUUCUAAGUGACUGCUCUGUGUCAUCAUACUUUCCCAAAUUUUAGUGGAGAGAUAAUAUUAAAACAUGAAGAGAAAAGACUGAAGCAGCUGAGGGAUGGGAGAAAUAUUGAGAACAAAGGGAAUGAGAAGUUAGGGAUAAGCAAUUCAAUUCUUUCUGGAAUUAUUUAAGGAAUGCAGUUGGGAAUUUAGGUACACUGGUUACUGGGCCGAUUCCCAGAACAUAACCCUUUGCAGAUACUGCUCUCACUGGGGCCAUGCUGCCAUGUGAGUUACAGUAAGACAAAGCACACCUGGUGUAGGUCAUCACUGGGACCUGCCAUAUCUGUCCUUCACACAUCAACCAGACUUAUCUUCAUAAAUGUAAAUCAGACUAUGCUACUCCCCACAGAAAUACCUCAAUGACGUCCCACUCCCUCUAAGUGGGAGUGGGAGUGUGACUCGUGUUUUCUUUUGCAGACUCAUUUCUUACCCCUCACUUCAUUAUGUUUUAUGCUUCAGAAACACCAAAGUAUUCUGAGUUUCUUGCUCAUACCAUGAUGCUUCUCUUGUUAUUCAGCUUUCCUGGAAUCUCCUCCUUCCUUUUUGCCUGGCCGACACCUAAUAAUUGUUUAAAACUUCAUUCAAGUGCUAUCUCUAAGAAGUGGGUGCUGACUGCCAGGAUGAUUAAGUGUUCUUAUUCAACUCACCCCAAGACCUUGCAUCUCUAUUGUUAAACUGAUCACUUCGCAUUAAAAUUAUUUAUUUAUGUGUAGCUCGUUCCUGGGACUUUGGUAGAUGCUCAAUCAAUGUUCCUCGAAUAAAUAUUUCUGGAGGGCAGAGCCAGUGACCACAGAGAAGAAGGUAAUCCUUUCCUGGAAGCCGGGUUAGCAGGGUUAGUCUGUUUCCUCCACUUGGACCUAGGUGGGCUCCGGGCCUGCUCGAAUGGAUAGAAUAUGGUGGAAAUGAUACCUUGUCAGUUUUGGGCCCAGGCCUUAAGAGACUGACAGCUUCUACUUUUGGUCAUGUGGAACACUCACUAUCGGAGGCCAGCCUUUGUGAAGAAGCAUAACUGCCCUGAGGGCACCAUGUUGUGAGAAGCUGAAGCUAUGUGAAUAGGAAGUAGAGGAUGAGACACCAUAUGGAGCAAGAGAGAGACCAAGGAGCACUGGGAGGCUGGACGUAUGAGUGAUACAUAUGAGGCACCUUCAGGUGGACACCCAGCCCCUGUGACCCCAGCUGACAAUAAAUGGAUCAGACACAAGUUGCCCAGCUGAGAUCAUCCUGAAUUUUCUAACCUCCAAAUUUUCAGCAAAUGAAAUAGUUGUUUGGGAUACUUUAUUUUGUGGUAGUUCGCUAUGCAGCAAUAAUAGCAGGAACAUAUACAGGUGCUGCCAUUACAGAAACCUAAAAUAUGUGGCAUUGAUUUUGAGAUUGGAAAGUGGGCAGAGACUGACUGAAAAGGCUUCAAAGGGAAUGUUAAUGGAGGCUGGAAGGACAGGAGGUUAUUACUCAGGCUUGGCAGGAGAGCAACUCACAUGGUGUAGUUCUAGAAGGUUUAGCACCUGUCACCUGACAUAUUUUGAAAAAUAUAAAAUGGACCCAAGAAACUAGUGGAUCUCAGUAAGUAGACUCUCAGACAGAAUGUUAAAAGUACCAACUAGUUCUUAUAUCUGCAUAUGAUAAAGAAUAGGUAAGGAGAAAUGAGCUAAAGAAGUUAUUCAAAAUUAGCAAAAUUUAGAGGAAAUAUACAGGACCCAGGACUUGCUGACUUCAAAAAUAAAACUUUUUCUCAUCAGUUUUCUAGCUAAGAAAACAUUUUUAAAAUAAGAAAUAGUCUAUAGGUAAAGCUCAUAAACCAGGACAGUAAAACAAAGAUUCAGGGUAAACAUGAAGUCAAAGCUGCAAGCACCAAUCCCUUUGAUAAAAUCUCAUAAGCAUUUAAGUUGAUGCCCCAUGGAUCCUAUCAGCUAGACAAAAGAUUUUAGGAGUGUGCCUUAUAGUCCUUCUCCAUUAAACAACAGAGAUUCUAAUAAUCUUAAAGAUGUUGUCUUAUUCUUAAGCAGAUUUGCAGAGGGCAAAUGGCAGAGAGGAACCUAGCUCAAAAAGAUUUGUAGGCAUGACUCUUAUCUAACAGAAUAAGUUAUACUUUGAUACACAGGAAUCCCAUGAUGUUUUUUAAAGGAAUUAUACCACCUUGGACUGAAAGGGUCGGAGUCAAUAUCAAGUUUAAAAGAAGGCUGUGGACCCCUAAACUAAUACAGGAAGGAUUUAGGCUGAGAAAAUUCUCAGCGGGAAACACAGGCUAUUUCUUAUGGAAAAUGAAGAAUGACUGGGUCAGAACCAAGGGCCCAAAGGUUAGAACCACGGGCCUGGAGAAUCAUACCAAGGGUGCAGGACCAGGGCAGCAUGUGUCUGGCUGGAUGUUAUAUCACUAUGGAACACUGACUGCUCUGUGCUCCCUGUUUUCCCCCUUUUUGAAAGGACUUGCUGCCAAAUGCCUGCCUUAGUAGUGAGUGUGUGUAUGUGUGUGUAUGUGUGUGUGUGCGUGUGCACACACACAUGAAGAUAACUAAUUUUUUCACAAGAGAACUUCAGAUUGAGAGGACACAUACCUGAGGAACCAAACCCAAGGAGGCUUAUCUGCACCUGGCCCUGAGAUCUGCAACCUUAAGCAUAAGCCUGAUAUAAUGGAGUGAUAAUUUGGGGGACUGUCAGAGGAGGUUAGCAUAUUUUGCAUGUAGAAAGAAUAUAAAUAGUUGUGACCACGGGGCAGACUGUUGCAGAUUGAAGAUGGCCACUAAUUCUUUGAAAUUCUUCCCAUUGAUAAAUGGGGACUUUGUGUCCUUCUCCUUGAAUCUGAUGGGAUUCUGCAACUCUUUCGAUCAACUGAAUAUGGCCAAAGUGAAGUCACAGCAGUUUCUGAAUCCAAGUUUUAGGAGACUGGCAACUUUCACUUCCUGUUUCUUGGAAGCCGGCCUCCACUUGAGAAGUAUGACUAUCCUGAUACCACCAUGCUGUGAGAAGCCCAACCACAUGGGGAGGCCCUGGAAAAUGAAACAUUAUGUGUGGGGAGAGAGAGGCCAAAGAGAACUGAUGUGCUACAUACGAGUGGACGAGUCAUCUUAGAAGUAGAUCAUUCACUCCAUGCCACCACAGCUGAGGCCUCAUGGACAAGAAACGAAAUCUUCCAGAAGUCAUGAUGUAUGAACAUCAUGAGCAAAAUAAACUGGUUGUUUUAAGCCACAAGUUUGGGGUAGUUAUAACACAGCCAUAGGUAACCAGUACAACUCCUACUUUGAAUUCACUAUUUAAUCAAAAGCACUUGCUCUUUUCAUUCAUAGAAACUGUUAGUUAUUCAAAAUUUGAGUCUGUCUGACCUUAUGAUUUCUGGCCAAUAGAUUUGACAGAAGUGGUAAUGUCUCAGUUUUGAGCCUGGACCUCAAGAGGCUUGUGUGCUUCUGCUCUUUUUCUUGGAAACUUUGGAGCCUGAAGAAAUGAGUCACCCCAGCUGACCUCCCUGGUUGACCCCCCAGCUGACCACAGACUUAUGAGCAAGACCAGCUGAGAUCAUCUGAGCCCAGCCCAGAUGAGAAGAACCCACCCAGUUGGACCCAGUCUAAAUUGCCAACUCAAAGAAUCAUGAACUAAAAAAUGGUUGUUGUUUUAAGUUGUAAGUUUUGAAGUGUUUUGUAAACAGCAAUAGCUAACUGGUACAACAGCCUUCUGUUUGAUUUAAAGCCAACCAAUAACAAAGGUUACCAAGCUGUAAGAGUGAUGAGCUGAGACUCUGCUUAGAAAGACCCCAACACAGAAGAUGAGGGAUAACCAAUUGGCUGAUAGAGUAACAAAUGAAAAGUAACUUGACUCCAUUGACCUGCUUAACUCCUCAUGGGAAUGAUGGAAAGGAGCAGCCAUUUGCUUUGAAAGAGUGGAACAGCCUAAGAAAAUGGCACGUAACAUACCUAACCAAAGACAGCGGACAAUGUCAACAUCUGGAGAAGCUCUAUAUGAAAUUCUUGGUCUGCAUAAGGGAGCAUCAAAUGAAGAAAUUAAGAAAACCUACAGAAAAUUGGCCCUGAAACAUCAUCCAGACAAGAAUCCAGAUGAUCCAGCUGCUGCUGAAAAGUUUAAAGAAAUCAACAAUGCCCACACAAUACUUACUGACCUGUCAAAGAGAAAUAUAUAUGACAAGUAUGGAUCGCUGGGACUUUAUGUGGCUGAACAAUUUGGAGAUGAAAAUGUUAAUACCUACUUUAUGCUGUCAAGCUGGUGGGCAAAGACCCUGUUUGUCAUCAUUGGCCUCUUGACUGGCUGCUAUUUUUGCUGCUGUCUGUGCUGCUGUUGCAACUGCUGCUGUGGACGCUGCCGGCCCAAAUCAUCCGUGCCAGAAGAGGACUUCUACAUGUCCCCAGAGGAUCUUGAGGAGCAGAUCAAGACUGACAUGGAAAAAGAUGUGGAAUUUCCCGUCGUUCUCCAGCCUACAAAUGCAAAUGAGAAAACACAGCUCAUCAGAGAAGGACCUCGAAGCUAUUGCACAGACUCUUAAUAUUGAGCCCAUUGGGGGUCCACAGUACCUCCUCUUGCUUCCGCUGUGUCUCCAGGUGGUCAUGAGGGGAGGGUGUGGAGCAUGAAAUGCUGUGAACUUUCCCACAUUUGUAUUUUAUUUUUAGGUUAGGAAAAGAUAAUUGCUACAUAACUUCCUUAGUAUGCAGACUUACUCUUUGAGUAGAAUUCCUAAUGAAACACAUUCCAUUUCAAUGAAUAAAGGCCUGAAGAGUUGUUUUAUGCUCCUUGCAUAAGGUAAGACAGUGGCACUAGACAGGCAUUUUGAGCCUGUCCUUUAUGUGAGCCAGACCUCAUUCUUUACAGGCUAAAAUAGCAUUCCAAAACAGAGGCCACUUUUCAUCUAUUUAGCUAAAUGUAAUAUUCAUGUCUGCCAUAAAUAUCUUCAGCAAAAUAUACUUGAGAAUUUAGGAGGAAUUUUUCAUAUGUGUGGAGAUUUUUCCCUGUCAAUAUUCAGUAUGGCUACAGAAACAUUUCAAGAGAUAGGAGGAAAUUAUUAUGCAAAAGAGAUGGGCCACAGUAUUUAAAAGUAUAUUUUUGAAAGAUUAAAAUUUGUCAUUUACUAAAUAUUGACAAGUAAAAACAGGGAGAAACAGGUAUUGUGUGUACUUUUUAAUUGGCAACAAACACAAAACUUUAACCCAGUUAAAUGUUGUAAAUGGUCCAAAAAACUAUUCUGAGCCCAAAACAUCCCCAAACAAUGUGUGCACCAUUUUUAAAUAAAAAUAAAUUGUGUAAAACUACCCUAGACUAGCCAGACUAAGGGAAAAAAGCAUAUGAGGUAAAGAGUAGAAUUCUAAAUUCUAUAGCCUAAAUUUAAAUUUAAAGGCAUAUCACUUAUGCCAUUUUUGGUGGGAUUAAUUACGUUGACUAGAAAAUGCUCAGCUCUGUAUUUAUGUUGAACAUUUAAGCUUAGAGAUCAUCUCUACAUUUACUCGUUUGAUCCCUAUAUUCAUUAUGUGAUGGAAACCAUAUGCUAUUUCUCAAAUAGCACAGCAGCAAAAAUAUUUGUUUUUCUAGGUCUUUUUAGAUCUUUAUGUACAUUGAACUUUUCAAGAUCCUGUUAUGUUUUUAUAUAAUAUUAUGAAAGGUCAUUUUUUUGUUUGUUUCCUAUUCCCCCUACCACCAAAUUACAGUUAAUUGAGGUUAAAUAUACAUUGUGAAAAUGGUGUGAUAGCUGACAAUUCUG